CCAGCCUGAAAAUACCCACAAAUAAUCCAUGUCAAUGCAGCACUAAUUCGUUGUUUAUAUUUUGAAAAACAUAAAAAACUGUAAAAAACAUCUUUUAAUUAAUUCAUAUUAAGAGAAUAGUGAAUGAAAAGUGUUAAUUAAAUUAAUUCACGUCGUUAUCAACGCAUUGCACGAAAAUGGAUAGUCCAAAACCGUCUUGUGAAGGCGACAUAUCAGGUGUGACUAGUCGAAGCGGUAGAGUGAUAAAGAAAAGUACAAAAUUAAUGGAUUUCACAUCGCCAGAUGAUAUUGAGCGAAUAAAGGCGAAGAAAAUGGCAGCAGCAUCAAGGAAACUUCAUAUGGCUCAACUAUCACAUAUAAAACUGGAACCUGAAUUGCAAAUCUUUGAUAUGUCGCAGGAAAAGCACUUCACAGACCACUACGAAGAAUAUCCAUCACUUAAAGAUCAUGACGACAAUUUCACACCAGAUCACGAUGAUUUGGAGCCAGACGAUGAAGAAUUUAAUGAAACAGACUCGGAUGAACGUCAAAUGGUUAUUAAGACUGAAGAUGAUCCAGAGAUUGAGUUUAAUACACCACGACGAAGUAUUUACAUUACAGAGAAGUCAUCAAAAAAGAAAAUCAUUAAGGACGGCAAGAUUGUAAUGACAAAAGCACAAAGGAAGGAUAAAGGAAAGACAAGGUACACAGCAUAUAUGUUAUGGGCGAAAGAUGCAAGACAACAGAUCUCAAUAUCACAUCCAGAACUUGAUUUUGCGAGUGUCUCGAAGCGAUUAGGUGAAAUGUGGGCGAAUGUUCCAACGAAUGUCAAAUAUAAUUGGAAAAGGAGGGCAAAGAGGCUGGCAAAUAAGAUGAAAAAGUCAAAUGGAGCUAAAGGAGGUCCAAUACAACCUAGUAAAUAUAUGCAGCAGAAAUAUUACCUUAAUAAGAACAGUACAAAUAAUAUUGGACAAACACAAAUGCAAAAUGUCACGUUAACAAAACAACAGAAACAGCUUCAAAAACUGCUCAAAUCUGAAAAGUCAAAAACUCAAUCAAUCCAAAAUGCACAAAAACUUCAAAAAGAAAAAUUCAUUAGUCCGUCAACGGCCAUAACAAUUUCAAGUAUCAAAUCGAAUGCUUUAGUGCCAUCAACAUCGUCGCAUCAUCAUCGGCAACAAAUUCAAAUUAAUCGUCCAAUGGAUUUAGCGCCAAUCGAUGUUGCAGCUCAUUUGAAGCUUUUAGGAGAGAGUCUAAUUAAUAUUGGCGAGCGACUAAGUCAGCAUGAGGGCCAAAUCGCAGUAUCGGGAAGCUUUAGUGUGCUACUUGAUAGUAUCCUUUGUGCAAUGGGCGCUUUAAUGUGCUGCUUAAAUUACGUUCCGGAAUUAAAUUUUCAACAUAAUCCGCCUCUAAUCACCUCUGACGAUCCAAAUUCUGAUGAGGAACCGAAAAAUUUAUUUCAAAGCGUUAUGGACAAUAUCCAUUAUAUAAUGCCAGGUCUGUAAAAUACAAUUUUUCAUUUUUUUCUACUCAAUUCAGUGAUUGUGUGUGUAAAUUUCCUUAAUUAAGGUUGAGAAAGUUAAGAAAAUAAAUUUUUUCGAAUUAAUUUCUCAAAAUUGUAAAAAAGAACCUUUAUAUCCUUUAUUUACCAACAAACAUGACACAGAGAUAGAUUUAAAAGUUUAAUGUAGUAUUAUUAUUAAUUAAAUGGUAAUCUUCGUGAUUAAAAAAAAGUACAUAAAGUUUAGUCAUUUAAUCGACGAGGAAUGUUUUGUUCAAUUGUCAAGAGGAUUAUAGUGUUAAAUAUUUAAUUAUUAAUGCCCAUA